UACACCACUUCUACAACUACAACCACACACACACACAUUCUUUAACAUUCACAUAUCUCUAUCUGCACUGCUGAACACGAGCACAUUUAUACAUGAAGAAUGAGGUGGAGAUAAGAAUCCUGUGGCUGCACCCAUCCAGAACCUCUAGGAAGAGUGGGCUAAACACUGAGAGUGCAGACUGGCAGGAGUGAAACAGAAGAGACCCUAUGAUGAGGAUAAGGACAUAUUCCAGAGCAGACAUUCUGCAAAAGUUCCAUGCACAUUGUCAGUCUCUCGCAGACAACGACAAUGCAGGAUAUCGAAGGGAAUUUGAGGAAAUGGAUGACACUGGGCAAGGUUACCCAUGUAGAGCUGGAGAGCUGGAUGCCAACAAAGAUAAAAACAGAUACCCCUUCAUCUUACCCUAUGAUCACUGCAGGGUUAAGCUCUCUCUGCUGGAGUCUCAGCCACACUCAGACUAUAUCAACGCCAGCUUUGUGCCCGGUGGCUGCUCUGAACAGGACUUCAUCUGUACCCAGGCCCCUUUACGAUCAACCAUGGCUGAUUUCUGGAGGAUGGUUUGGGAGCAAAACGUCCAAGUAAUUGUUAUGGUGACGGCACUGAGAGAGCGUGGCAAGAUUAUGUGUAAUCAGUACUGGCCCCCUGAGAGAGGCACAGGCUGUUACGGUGCAGUUCAGGUCACCACAAUAUCCUGUCAGCGUGGACGCGAGUACUACAUCACCACCCUCCACCUGCGACAGCAUGGCUGUGCUACAGAGCGGCGGGUUAUACAUUACCUGUAUCCAGGCUGGCCUGAUCAGGGUGUUCCUGAUGACCCCAUCUCUCUGUGUGCCUUCACUGAGCAUGUCAGGAAAUACCUGGACAACGCCCCCCGCCUUCGACCAGCGGUGGUGCACUGCAGUGCAGGAGUAGGUCGCUCUGGUUCGUUCGUGGCGUUACUCUGGCUGAUGCAGCUCUGUGUGCGGGGAAUUCCUCCUGAUGUACGCCUGGCGGUCGAGGAUCUGCGUAAACGCAGAGUAUUAAUGGUGCAAAACUUGGAGCAGUACAUACUUGUGCAUCAGUGUCUUUUUCACUGGCUGGGUGGGGAUGUGUUUAAACCAAGUACCCAGAAUGCACAUCUCCCACCCCGCACAUCACAGUCCCAAAGAACCAGACAGUCCAAAAGGGAACGGAGGAGCCAAAGCAGACCCCCCACCACCCACCAGCCCGAAUCGAAACGCUCAUCCGAUCAAGCACCGCACAGAAACCCACCUCAGCGUAGAGGAUGGCGGGCCAUACAGACCACCCUGCAGACAUUCAGCCCCUCUAAGCUCCUGCAGAGGAUCCUGCCCACGUCUUCACAACACACACCUCAGGACACUGCACACAAUCAGCUCUAGCCCCAUCAGACACAGCACCAACAUAAUCAUAACAGACUUGUUCUAUAAAAACUGGGAUUUUGUAUUUUCUUGUAAUAUUCUUGUUUUUUUAUAUUACAUUGUGAAUACUUUAAAAAUAUAACUAAAGGUAUUUCCAAUUUAAUUUAAAAUGAAGUUUAAAUAUUGUGAUUUGAGUUUGUGAUUUUGAAAUAUUUUUUAAAGUAAAAACUUUUUACAAUA